AUGGCUCCGGCCAAGUUGGCACCACCCGGCCGCGGGGAUGUGACGCUCAAGUCGGCGUCGCCGCCGCUGGGGCAUCUCAUGACACUGUACCAGCGCUAUGACUCGCUGCGUAAUUCCAUUGCGCUGCUGCGUGAGCAGACGCUGCAUACGCCUGGCAUCGAAGAUUGGCCCUCGGUUCAAACGCACUAUGCGAACCUCUUGUCGCACACGUUUUCGAUCGCGGCAGCGCUACAGUCGCCGUCGCCCACGUUCUUGUCUUCGCAGCUAUCGACGCUCACGGAAUUUCUCGAGACCGAGGCACAAGAUGCGAACCUGUUUGGCGACGACACGAAAAUGGACGCGCUGCUGGGUGGCGGAGAUGCGAAAGCGACGUGUCCGCCGAUGGAAGACAAGGAUCCACAGAGCCAGUUGCCUCUGCUCGCUGUGCACCCGUGCCAGCCCAUCCCCGACAGCAAACUGAAUUGGCUCGGCACGCUGCUGAGCACGGUGCCUGAGACGGAGGUGGCGCAGCAGGAGGCCGAGCGCCUAGCGGAGUAUGAUCAAACGCACGCGGCUGCGGACGUAGCUGCCGAGAGAGAGGCGCAUGAUGCGCGAUGUCUACAGGCUUUGCGGUCAUGGUACCACACGCUUUACGCACCUGACGAAGAUGGCGAUACGUACGAUUUUGCUAUGCGUGUGGAAGACGACGAGCCGGUUGGCUAG